UAGAGGGAGAUGGGCCUGGCUGCAGGAAGCUGGACAUAAGGCAAGCCUGCCCAAAGAGGGGAGCACCCAUCUGUGGAAUUGGUCCCUGUCUGCUAGGAACUGCAGAGAGACCCAGCAACUCAGUGAAUAUCGCGAAGAGACUGGGAGAAAGCAGCUGGAUAACAUAGUGAUGAGACAUUAUCGACAGGUGCAAGGACAGACAGUGACAGAAGAAUCCUGGCAGUGGACUGCCUAAUGCUUCAGAGGCUGGGAAAAAGUCCACAAAGACCAACACUCCAUCACACAAAGAACUGAAAAACAAAAUGUCCAAUCGAACCACCAUGACUGAGUUCCUUCUCCUGGGAUUUUCUGAUGUUCGGGAGCUGCAGAUUUUGCACUUUAUGGUGUUUCUGCUGAUUUACCUGGCAGCCCUGCUGGGGAAUCUUCUCAUCAUCACAGCCGUAGCCCUCGACCACCAUCUACACACCCCCAUGUACUUCUUCCUGCUGAAUCUGUCCAUCAUAGACCUUGGCUCCAUCUCUGUCACCAUCCCCAAAUCCAUGAUCAAUUCCCUCAUGAACACCAUGGUGAUUUCUUAUCCUGGAUGUGUCACCCAAGUCUUUCUCUUCGUAGUCUUCAUUGCAGCUGAUCUUGCCUUACUCACCAUCAUGGCAUACGACCGAUAUGUCGCCAUCUGCCAACCACUGCACUAUGAGAGAGUGAUGAACAGGAGAGCUUGUGUCCAAAUGGCAGCAAGUGCCUGGAUGACUGGCAUUGUCUACUCUGCCCUGCACACCGGGAACACCUUUAAGUUACCCUUCUGCCAAUCCAAUGUCAUCAACCAGUUCUUCUGUGAAAUCCCCCAGCUACUCAAGCUUGCCUGCUCUGAUUCAUACCUCAGUGAAGUUGGGCUUCUUGCCUUUAGUAUGUUUUUAGGUUUAAACUGCUUUGUUUUUAUAAUUAUGUCUUAUGUUCAGAUCUUCAAAACCGUGCUUAGAAUCCCCUCUGAGCAGGGCCGGAAUAAAGCCUUCUCCACCUGCCUUCCUCACCUCACUGUGAUCUCCUUGUUACUUUGCACUGCCAUGUUUGACUAUUUGAAAUUCACCUCCAGCUCAGCAUCUAAUCUACAUCUCUUGGUGGGUGUUCUCUAUGCUGUCAUGCCUCCAAUGAUGAAUCCGAUCAUCUACAGCAUGAGAAACAAGGAGAUCAAAGCUGCAUUGAAGAAACUGAUUGCAUGGAGGUUAUUCACCAAGAAUUAAAGUGUCUGUCAUUGUACCUUAACUGCGAUUUCAUUUUGAGCUUCUUUAUGGAUAUAGUGAACUGAUGAUAAAAUUGUCUCCUUGAGAACAUAGGGUCCAAUCUGUUUAGGAACUCAUAAAAUCCAGACUAACUCCACUGAAGUCAAAUGAGUUAGUUUAGAAUUACACCAGUGUAAAUAAAAUCAGAAUCUAAAUAUGUAUCCAUAACUGUACAUACACACCUAUCUAUCUGUCUUAGGGAUUUAUACUGCUACCAUCGCCAUUCAUGCUGCACAGAAUAUCAACAACCAUAGCUAGGUCACUACUGGACUUCAUGAACUUUCUGGCCCUUCUGCUUUUUUGGGAUAUAAAUUGUAGUUGGGGUAUGAGACAAUUGGCUUGUUUGUUUCCUUAUUCUUUCUUUUUCAUGUUGUUUCAUUUUAUUGAUUCAUUGGUUGACUUGUUCCAGAUGACUUUUGGGGGGUAGGAAUUUGCAGGGUGGAAUAUGUUUGAUUAAAUGGGUGUAUCUGUUAAUUUUAUCAUCUACUGAAGGUGUCAAUGUCAUAAUAUCUUUGAAGCGGUUUUCUGAAAGAAUUGAAGUUUUCCUUUCCCCAAUGAUAAAUAAUUGAAACAAAGUUUCUGUGUAUGUUUGGAUAGCUGAGUUGCUGUUCAAAUUAUUAUUUUAAUGCUGGUGGGAUUUUAUUGUCUUAUUUUUAAUGUG